AUGUUUAGAGCAAUCAGAGCAAGACCGUUGAGGUCGAUUCUCCCCGUCGUUGCAAUUUCAUCAGGUCUCGCAUACACAACGUACAAAUUUACCAGUACCACCAGCACCACAACCACGACCCCUAGGACUACACCAUGGAUUCUUUCUUCGAUCUUGCCCCAGAUCCACCUCGACACUCCCCAACCCCCAAGACAAACAGAAGUCAAAGUCGACGACUCAAUCUCCGCCUUCCCCACCCACAUCCCCAAAUCGCAACUAAUCACGCAAAACUUCACCUUGCUAGGCCACGGCGUUCGUUCAGUGACAUUUAUCGGCUUCAAAGUCUAUGGCGUCGCGAUAUACAUAGCAGAAGCAGAUAUCCCCAAGGCGCACCGGAUCCUCGCCAACUUUGCCUCGUGGAACCCAGCUCCACAAACACCGCACACGAGCUCGUCGCCCGUGCAAUCGAGCUUAGUCCACGCGUUAACGAACCCCGCGGAAUCGGAAGCCAUUGUGGAAUCGUUGCUUGACAGUGGCGUCCAUUUCUUGAUUCGGUUGUCGCCUGUACGCAACACCGACUUCAGUCACUUGAAAGACGGGUUCAUCAAGAGCAUCUUGGCGCAUUCAAGCAGCAAGAACGCUAGCGGUGACGAGAAGCUGGCGUUGAAUCAGGGUUUGGAUCAAUUGAGAGAGAUCUUUGGCAAGAACAGAGGCAGUGUGCCUAAGGACGAUUUGUUAGUGUUGGAGCAGCUUCAUGAUGGAAGCUUGGCUAUUGCAUAUGUCGGGCAGCAGAAAAAGAAAAAGAACCAGGAAAAUGGAGAAAACGUAUCAGGGGCUAGAAAAGUGAGGGAGAUGGGUACUGUGAGCGGGCCCGUCGUGGCCAAGACGCUCUUGUUGCUGUACCUCAGUGGAUCUAAGCCACUCAGUGAAUCCUUGAGAAAAAGCUGCAUGGAGGGAUUAGCUGAGAUUGCAGAGACCCAAUAA